ACAGAAACCUUCCCGGUCACACCGCCAUGGCCGCUUCCCCUCACAGCGCCCUGAGGAGCCGAGGGGACACCGCAGUCCCGACAUGACUGAUCCCACAGAAACCUCCCCGGCCCCGCCGCCAUGGCCGCUUCCCCUCACGGCCUCACAGCGCCCUGAGGAGCCGAGGGGAUACCGCAGCCCCGCCAUGACCGAUCCCACAGAACCUCCCCAGCUCCGCUGCCAUGGCCGCUUCCCCCUCACAGCCUCCCCCAGCCCUGAGCAGCCGAGGGGACACCGCAGCCCCACCAUCACCGAUCCCACAGAAACCUCCCCGGCCCCACAGAGCCCCGCCGCCGUGGCCGCUCCCCCUCGCAGCCUCCCCCAGCCCCGAGCAGCCGAGCGCCGAUCCCCCGCGGUGCCGCCAUGGCGGAUCGAUGCCGCGGCUCGGCUGCCUCGGCCUGAGGGCGCGCGGGGCGGGCGUGACGGGGGCGGGUGAGCGCCGCCAUUUGCAGGAAGAGGAGUAUCCAGGCCUGUCAGCGAGGGGGGAGCAGCGUCUGCCAUGGCCAAUGUGCUCUGUAACAGAGCAAGAUUGGUCACUUACCUCCCAGGCUUUUAUUCCUUGGUUAAAAGAGUUGGAAAUGCCAAAGCUUUUUCCACUGCAGGAUCCUCUGGCUCAGAUGAGCCUCAUGUGGCUGCUGCACCUCCUGAUUUAUGUCCCAGGACCGUGUGGCCAGAUGAGGUGAUGGGGCCCUUUGGUCCCCAGGAUCAGAGGUUCCAGCUGCCUGGGAACAUUGGCUUUGACUGCCACCUCCAUGGCACAGCUUCCCAGAAGAAAUCCCAAACUUCCAAGAGCCUCCCUGACAUUUUAGCAGAGCCCUCAGCCAGUGAGAGGCACGAAUUUGUCAUGGCACAAUACAUCAAUGAAUUCCAGGGUUCUGAUGCUCCCCAGAAGCAGCAAAUCAAUAAUGCUGAAACCUACUUUGAAAAUGCCAAGGUGGAAUGUGCAGUGCAAGCCUGUCCUGAGCUGCUGAGAAAAGAUUUCCAGUCCCUGUUCCCAGAGGUGAAUUCCAACCGUCUGACUGUGCUCACUGUCACCCAGAAAACCAAAAAUGACAUGACAGUGUGGAGCCAGGAGGUGGAGGAUGAGAGAGAGAUGCUCUUAGAAAAUUUCAUCAAUGGUGCCAAGGAAAUCUGCUAUGCAAUUUCUUCUGAGGGCUACUGGGCUGAUUUCAUUGACCCUUCCUCAGGACUGGCAUUUUUUGGGCCUUACACCAACACCCCCCUGCUGGAGACGGACGAGCGCUACCGGCACUUGGGAUUUUCCGUGGAUGACCUGGGCUGCUGCAAAGUGAUCAGGCACAACCUCUGGGGUACCCACGUGGUGGUGGGGAGCAUUUUCACCAAUGCUGAGCCUGACAGCCCCAUCAUGAGGAAACUCAGUGGGAACUGAGCCCUCCCAGCUGCCUCAGCUUCGCCUGAUUCUGGGUGCUUUGACUUUGAUUCUCCCUCGGCAUCGUCAGGAAUUCCUCACUUUCCAAGUGUUCUUAGAGAAUAAAAGUAGCUGUUAUUUAUUUGGAGUCUUUUUGGGAAUGUGUGUUCACCACAUGUGGCUUUGGAAUAUGGAUUGACAGUGUUGAGAAGCACAGGAGUGAUCAUUUCCUUUUUUAAUUUUCUGUGUUCUUACCUCGACAGUUCUGCCUUUCACUCAUCAACUUUGUAUUCAAAAUCCUCCAAAAAUGCCACUGAAAUUUCCAACUAAUCUUCCCUGUCUGAAAUUAGGAACUGGCAAAAAAAAAAAAUGGAAUGAGUCAUAAAAUUGUUCUCCCAGAAUACAGAACUUAAUAAAAUCUGGGCUAAUCACUCA